AUUUUUAUAUUUUAUAAAUAUUUAUUACAUGUGACUUAUUAUAUGAUUUGUUUUUUUAUAGACUAAACAUAAAAAAUUCGAAGUAAAAUGGACGAGUUCCUCAAAAUUAGAUGGAAACAAGAACAUUUUUCUGAGUUUGAAAAACAGCCGGAGUUUAUUAAAGAUGAUGCAUUGGCGCAGUCGUUUAUAAACAAAAGCUUUGAUACAUCUCCAAGUGUUCUUUUCAAAUGUACAAUUGAUAAAAGUAUCUAUAAACUUCUGAAGAGUGAAGAAAAGCUUUUUAUUCCAUGUGAAAAUAUUUAUUUCACAACACAUACGAAAUCCUCUUUAGGUUCACAAAAGCAUUUUAUUUGUUUGAAGGCAUUACAAUUAAUUGAGAGUAAUAAAGCUGCAGACAAAUACUCAGAUGAGGAGAAAAAUUAUAUUAAAACAUAUCAAGAUCUUCUUCCACAAAUUCAAAAUGAACAUGAAAAAUAUCAAAAUUUUUCAAAAGAAAUGUGGAACAAAGAUCUUCUAGGAUUAAAACGCAUAGGUCCAAUGAAUAUGAAGUAUGCUACAAGACAUUGGCAGAAUCAGUGUAAACGCUAUUUAGAUUAUCCAUCUCAUUACAAAGAUGCUUCAAUAAUUAGUUGGUUAUAUACUGAGGAAGAUGGACAAUUUGAUUUUGUAUGUAUGGGGAAUGUUUUAGAAGUUGGUACUGUUUCCAAAUUUUCUCAGCCAAGUUUCAGGAAAACCUGUACAUUUAAUUCUCUUUCUCUACCUGGAAUAAGUGACAUGCAAAUAAAAUUCAAUUCACAAUUACCAGUUAGCAAGGACAUGAAUAUAAACUCAAUUCUUGAGCAACAUAAUAUAGAAGUUGUUUUAUCGAGCAGUGCUUUAAAGUGCCUGUUAGACAAUACAAAUCUCAAAGUUAAAUGGCAUAUUCCUGUUGUAAUUAAAAAUGUGUCAUUAAAAAGAGCUGAUGGAACUGUUACAUAUAGAAAGGUUGUAUUUGUUGAUAAACCUUUGCCUAAGCAAAAUCCUAACAAUUUGGAUAUGACGAAUUUAUGUGUUAAACAUUUACUGAAAACAAAUUUGUGUCCAUAUGUAGCUUUUAGUUAUAAUGCCACUGAUAUUCCUAUAGAAGAUAAAAAGAGUGAUGGCAGAAAUAUGGAGAAUACUUCAACUGUUUCCCAACAUAAAAAAAUACAUCACAAUGCACAAUAUCGUAUAUGGAAUAUUAAAAAUAAUGGCAGUCAUUGCAGUUUAUUGAAAAAUAAAAGUAAACCAUUCAAUAUGAACAUUUUAAUACGCAGUAAACUCGCUGCUUGUGACAUGGCUGAAAAUGGAAAUCUCUUUCCUGUAAUAUUGAUGCCAAAAACUGAGCAGCAAUUGAUGUUGGGUGCAAAUAUCUUAAGCAAAAGUGAACUGUCCAGAGCUUACACCUCACUUUAUUUCACUCCCUACUCGCAAUUGUAUAGAGCGAGAGUAUUUCCGAGGCCUGUCCAGCUAGUAGCAAUUGAUAAAUGUAAUAUCGCAAAAAUUUGCUAUGAAGCUGCACAACAUUAUCAGUACAAACCAAACCCUUAUGUUCUGCAAAAAAUCGUUGCACAUUUGGUUAAACAAGAUGUGGGGGAGUAUUUAUUACAUCACAUGCCCAAACAUGAAGCAUUUAUUAGUAUUAUGAAGAAAUGUGAUCCAAGUGUACCUGAUAGUUAUAGUUUACCAGAAGCAUUAGCAAAUUGCAAACAUGAUUCAGAAUCAAGCAACAUUCCAUGGCUUCCAAUUGAUGUGAAUUACAUUCUCCCAGUGUUCAAAGCCAAAAAUAGAAUGCCUGGGUUGUUUACUCCUAUGUCAGGAAAGGAAUACCGUACGAAGAAAAAACGUGAGCAAAAGCAGAGAAAGAAGGCUGGUCAAGUAAAAGACACAACAAAGUGAAUCUUUAUAACCUUUAUUUUUUACAUAUUUAAGCAUAACUGUAAAUUAUCAAAAUACAUUUAUUUAGAAAAAAUUA